CCAAGUACAUAGUGUGGGUUGUGACACUGCUGCUAGUCUAGUACUGGCUGGAUCCUUCCUGAAAUCCUCACUUGUAGACAAAUCACGCAGCCGCUGAACAUGACUGACCCAAAGGAAGGGAGUGUUGUGAUUAUUGGAAGUGGUCUCAUUGGUCGCAGCUGGACUAUGGUGUUUGCAAGUGGUGGCUUUAAAGUCAGACUGUAUGAUAUUGUAAAAGAACAGGUCACCGCAGCUCUGGAGGAUAUACGGAAACAGAUGGAAGAGCUGAGAAAAUCAGGAAUGUUAAGGGGAAGUCUGAACCCUGAGGAGCAGAUCUCGCUGAUUAGUGGUUUCAGUGAUUUGAAGUCGGCAUUAGAGGGCGCCAUAUUCAUUCAAGAAUGCAUCCCAGAGAAUCUGGAAUUAAAGCUCAAGAUAUUUUCUGACAUAGAUCGUUUCGUGAACGAUUCAGCCAUAAUAAGCAGCUCAACAUCUUGCCUCUCACCGACAAAGAUGUUUAAUGGACUUCGACAUGUCAAGAACUGCAUAGUAGCACAUCCUGUGAAUCCACCAUAUUAUGUUCCCUUGGUUGAAUUGGUUCCCCACCCACAGACAGAACCAGUCACAGUGGAGAGAACGUAUGCCCUCAUGAAGAAAAUUGGUCAGUCACCUGUAAAACUAAUGAAGGAGACAGAUGGGUUUGUGCUGAAUCGACUUCAGUAUGCAGUGAUUAGUGAGGCAUGGAGACUUGUCCAGGAUGGAGUGAUUUCACCGAGGGACGUGGACAUCGUCAUGUCUGAAGGUCUGGGAAUGAGAUAUGCUUUUCUUGGUCCUUUGGAAACCGCGCAUCUCAAUGCAGAAGGCUUUGAAAGCUACUGUGAACGCUAUGGAGAAGGGAUAAAACGAGUCUUGGAAACUUUUGGACCAGUUCCAACUUUUUCAGGUGAUGUUGCGAAGAAAAUUGACCAGGCAUUGUGGGAGGACCAGACCGAUAAACCUGAUCAGCUUAAAGCACGGAGAGAAUGGAGGGAUGCAUGUCUGAGUCACCUAGCCAAGCUGAAGAAAGAAAUGAAAAAGAAUUAAUGUUUGCAAUUAGAUGAUUCAAAAUGUAAUUCGGUGCAGUUUGCCCUUGGCUCAAAUACAUACAUUUGCUGCAAAUAGGCAACACAGUGUACUGUAUUGCAUCAAAUAGAAUACAAUGAAUAUAACCCGAGUGACAAGAUCUACUGCUUCUGAUAUGUUUAUAGCAUUGCUUUAGAUGACUAUGUGCUUCAUGUCUGAUUAUAUGCCAAUGUAUAGGAUAGUUUGUAUAAUAGGGACCAAUUACACAAACUAGUGUUUUACACUGAACACAUUUUAAACAAAUUUGCAUUUUCUUUACUGAAGAAAGUAGUGUUUUCUUGGGAAACCUCCCCUAUAGGGUGUUAAAUUUUUCCAAAGAUGUGAUUUUCAUAUGACUUUGCUUACACCCCGAGUCUCUAUGAUGUAAAAUAAAGAAGAUUGGAUAAUA